UCUUUCUCCCGAAAGAUUGUGUCGUCGAAAUAUCAAAUCACCUCUUGCGAUCUUAUCAAGAAGUAGCAGCAGAAAAUCAAUCAGGUAUCAAGAUGUCUAGCCAAAACCUCGCCACCCUCGAUGCGACGCUAGCCGAGAACUUGCCCGACCACUCAAAGCUGCUCUUCGGCGCCAAGACCCUGAACAAAAUCACCUUCGAGCAGAUCGCGCAGGAGCUAGGCCGCAGCGAAGUCGCCGUUGCCGCCAUAUUCCUCGGCCAGGCCCAGGCCUCGGCCGAGGACGUCGACAAGCUGUCGAAGGUCCUCGGCGUGCCCAAGGAGCGCCUCGAGGCGUCCUCGAUCUCGGCCAUCCCGAACCGCGGACAGGCCGGGCCGAUGCCGCCCAAGGAGCCGCUCGUCUACCGGCUGUACGAGAUCGUGCAGAACUACGGGUACGCGUUCAAGGCGGUUAUGAACGAGAAGUUUGGGGAUGGGAUCAUGAGCGCGAUCGCGUUCUCGUCGAAGGUCGAGAAGGAGGUUGAUGGUGAUGGGACGACUUGGGUUAAUAUCACGCUGCGGGGAAAAUGGCUCCCGUAUUCUCGUUUUUGAGUUGGGCGAUAAGUGGAAAUAUUCUGGCUUUUGCACACGACGCCAUUUCAAAGCCCCUACGAAGAGCGUUGAUGUAUGAAAUGAAAUGAAUCAGCAUGUUUGGUAGUAUCUAGUUUAUUUAUCAAGAACUAGCUACCUAGUCGACUGCGCUAUUAUCAACAACCCCCAUAUCAGCAAAAUAUUAUCUAGGCAUAGGGGGAAUAGACACUAAUGAAUUAUAAAUUGCGAUCAACGCUCCCUAAUCGCAUGACCCCGUAAAC